AUGCCGAUGCGGGUGGCCGGAGCGGCCGGAGUGUGGCCUGGGGGCCACCGAACAGUGGGCGACACCUGGGACAUCUGUGGCCGUCACGACUGGAGGGCUCCUGGCAUCGCGUGGGUGGGGCCCGGGACGCCGCUCAGCCCCCACAGCGCCCAGGACGUCCUCAGAGAGCGAUCCAAGCCCAAUGUCAGCAGAACCACUCAGGGUCCGGGAGGAGGCGCUGAGCCCCGCGGAAAUGGCGGGCACCUGGCCCCCCCGCCAAGAACCCUCCUGGAGUGGCGCUUCUGGGGGGAGCUGCCCGAGCGCGAGAAGCACCCCCUUGGCGUCAUCAGAGCGCGCCCUGGCGUGUCCCGCCGCGUAGCCCAAGACCCCAAGGCAUCCAUCGGGUGCGACGGGCCACCCGACACUGACGCGGACCCCAACCCCAACCAGCACGCCCACACUGGCCUGCCCAAUGCCACCAAAGACACCACCUCCUUCGGCGGUGACCAGAUCAGGUCCCUGCGGACAUCACCCCCCUACACUGGGGCCUUUGUGCUCCCACUCAUCUCUCACACCCACGAGCUACAGGGGCCUGAGCCUGGCCAUGUCCUUCAGGUAAGGCCUGAGCCCGGGGAAAGGGGCAAGGUCUGGAGCGAGGACGCGGCGGGUAGAACGCGGGAGUCCCCGGGCUGCGGGGGACGUGGGGUUGGAGUACGGGCCCCGGGGGCGGGGGUGAACAGGGUCUGGAGUGAGGGGUCCGCGCGGUGGGGCGCGGCGGCCCGGGCGCGUGGCCGUGGCAGCGGCGAGGGCGCGCGCGUCCUUACCUCGGGGCCUCCGCCGUGGCCGUGGCCGUGGCCGGCCGGGCAGCAGGCGGCCCGGGCUCCCUCAGCAGCGCGGCGCGGGCCCCCGCUCCGGGCCCCGCUCGUGCCGCGGCUCCGGCUCCAGCGCCCGCUCGGGCCCCCGCUCCCGCGCCGCCGCCGCCGCCGCUUCCGCCGCCGCCGCCGCCGCCGCCGGCCUCCGCAUGUUGGCGCGGGCCGUCCCCGCCGCGCGGGCGCCCGGCUCGCCCCGGUCUCGCAGCGUCGCCCGCGGCCCGCGCUUACGCCCCGGCGUCGGGGGAGGGUCCGCACCCACUGCGCAGCCGCCGUCCGGCCCGGGGCGCGCGACGGCUCAGCGCGGGGCGGGGCUUCGAGGCCGCGGGCGCCGCCGCACGACGGCCGCCGCGCUUUGCGGCCGCUCCGGGGCUGCCAGACCGCUGGCCGCGGGGGGUUUCCCGGAGGCGCGCGCCCCGCGGCUCGGGUGGGGGCAGGGGAGAGCGCGCGGGCGCGCGGGGAAGGAGCCGGGCAGCGUCCACCCUCCCGGGGGCGGGGCUCCCGCCGCUCGCCCGGGCCCGCCUGCCGUCGCCAUGGCGACGCGUGGCCGGCCGCCCCGCCGCGCUUCUGUGACGUCACGGUCUCGCCACCUGACGUCACGGCCGGGCGGUGGCGCGGGGCGUGGCCGGCGCGGGGACGGGCCGGGAGUGACCGGGACUCGUUUAUCUCUUAACUCAGGCAAAAGAGCCUGCAGGGCAACCAUCCCCUGAUGGGAACCAAAAUUUACGCCAACAAGCAAGAGGGGGACUGCCCCGAGCCAGCAAGACCCCACUCGUGAUGGACCCCGGGACAGCGAUGUGCUCGACAUCACUGGCCACACGCUCAUACCCACUGACUUUGUCCCACAGUUUCCUCAUAUAAACCUGGAAGUAUUUUCGUCAUUUGGGAGGGGGUCUUGAGACGCUAGUCUGCUUUUGUCCCGGCGUUGGCCUCACUGAAAGAAAUUUCUCAUUUUACCGCCACUCGGGUUCUCUGCCUUUGGAUUUUGUUGGCAGCGAAAGGCUGGACCUGGCCUGUUUGGGACCCCCGGAGCCAGGUGCUUUUGCACCCCUGGACCCCCCGCCACGUUAGGGCUUAUCCUGCCACACCUUUCUCCAGCCCCCUUGCCCUGUCACCACCUCCAGGGAGCUCAUGCCACAUUCCCGAGUUGUCCUUUCUCACCACAUCCUGACCCUUUUCCAUAAAGAAGUAGAUUUGUUUAAAAUCAGCCUCCUCCUAAAUACAGUGCUCAAUGGAUUACCAGGAAAGAAAGGAAGAAAGAAAGAAAAAGAAAGAAAGAAAAGAGAAAAAGGCAGAAAGAAAUCCACCUUGUCCACCAGCCAGGCCAGGGACCACAUCUGCUCUGCUCACUGUGUCUGUGCACCCAGCAGCAGGCACUCAGUCUGUGUGUGAUCACGGCGUGUGGCAAAGGAAUGACGGAAUGAAUGAACAGAGUUCACAGUCCUUCCAGAUUCUGGAGCACUCAGGGGUUUGUCUCCUCGGACUUCCCGGCCCCAUCUCUCCUCUCUCUCCUUCCUUAGGAAAAUCUGCUCUCUGCGCUCAGUUCCCAGGGGGUCAGGAAGCAUGGUGGCCGCUUCUCCAGAGGAAUUUCAGCCUAGCCUUCACCCUGAGCUCCAGCCUCGCCCCUGUAAAAAGCUGCGUGGCUAUGCAGCUGAAAGAUCACGGAAAGUGAGGCCAAGUCUGGGGUUGUGCCCGUAAAAGGCUGUGUGACGAUGCACCGAUCACCCACCCUCUCUGGUUCUCCGCAUCCUCAUCUGUAAGUUAGGACUAUCCAUAGCCUCCUCAGGUAUAUUAUGGGAACUCGUGGAGAAAGAAUUGCCAGCACAGGACCGUCUGCCUCAAAUGAACAUCUCUCUAAUCGCUGAGUCUCUGAAAAAGCAAA